UAUAGUGAGGAGAAAGAAGCUUGCAUGGGCCCCAGGUGCGACGAAGAAGAAGAAGAAGAAGAUGAGGAGGAUCAAGUGAAGAGCGUCGUCCAAAGGGCCACGGACGAAGAAGAAGAAGCAGAAGAAGGACAGCAGUGGUGCUGCUGUGCUGCAAGGAUGACAGAGAAGCAAAAUCCAGAUGAAAUGAUCGCGCCUUUCCCUGACAGCUGGUCAGAGACAUGCCACAAGACGAGUCUCGUCUUCAACUACUGGGUCAUUGGAGACUUUAAAUCUCGUCCAGAGAAGCAGGGAGAGUUUAUUGUUAGCCCUACUUUCGGUGGACGACCACCUGUCCCUUGCACGACGUGGGAGGUGCACGUUUAUCCCAAAGGAAAGGACAGGAACUGCAGCAAUUACCUCUCCAUCUACCUCGACCUCGUGAAAAGCACCGUAGGCGCUGUUCCUGUAUCAUUCGCUUUUAAAGCUUUGAAAUCCGAUGGACAAGUUGGGAAGUGCUCGGAGUGCGUGCGCACCUUCAAAGAAGGCACCGGCUGCGGGUUCCCCAGGUUUCUGCUCCUGAACCAUGUCACGGCGCCAGAAUCGGGAUUUUUGCCCAACGAGGAGUUGAGAAUUUACACCGAGGUCAUGCUAUUACCGGAGAGCAUAGAGUUCUACACAGAACAUUACAGCCUCUCCAGCGAUCUAAGGGAACUCGUCGAUGAUCCUUUCCUAUCGGACUUGACGUUUGUCGUCAAGGGCACGGAAUUCAAAGCGCACAAAAUUAUCCUAGCAGCCAGGUCCCCAGUGUUCGCUGCGAUGAUACGGCACAGCGUCGACAAGAAAACAGUCAUCACCGAUAUCAGUCCUGAUGUCUUUCGAGAAAUUCUGCAUUUCAUCUACACUGGUUCCGCUCCAAACGUAGAAAACGUUGCUGACAGGCUUUUAGUUGCGGCCGAUAAGUAUUUAAUGGAAGACUUGCGCACCAGGUGCGAGGUAUCUCUGUUCGCUCAGAUAACAACGGACAACGCCUCGGACAUGCUCUUACUCGCUCAUCACCAUGGAGCUGGACGGUGUUUUGAAACAGCUGUGAUUGAUUUCAUUGCGGCCAACCUCAAAGAUGUGAUGAAAACCGACGGUUGGCAAAACGCUGUUACACAUUCGUACAAGAGAAACGUACUGGGAUACGAUAACAGACUACAGGAGUCUCAAGAAACCCCUAGGAAAAAGCUAAAGUCUGAAGGGUUUAUCCAAGUAGAUUUUUGCAAGAUCGGACACGAACGAUGCAUCGUUGACACAAUUGCUCGCCUAAAUAAGUAGACUUUGAUAGAGACACGUUUGUAGACGGACGAACAGAUAUCAUUGCAGUUAUUAACAAAUAUGCGGUUGUGACAAAAAGGCGCAUUCUGAAUUGACCAGGAGUGCGAUGCGUGAUGCAUUGCACUUUGAAUGCGAUAUGGUAAACCGAUAAGUUAUAUGAUACGCACAUACAGGAUGUUUCACCUAAUGUGUUAAUAAACCCUAUUUAAAAAUC